AUGCUGUACGGUGGGUUGCAGAAGGCAGGACUCAUCUUCCUCAAGCAACAACUUUUCAGCAUCAAGAUGACUGAAGGUGCAGACGUCACGCACCACUGCAAUGAAGUCCUCAACAUCUCCUCCAAGCUUAGCGGCAUCGGUGCGAAGAUGGAAGACGAAGACGUUGCAAUCUGUCUGCUGCUCAGUCUUCCGAAGAGCUACGAAAAUGUGGUGCUCAACAUGGAAAUGAGCAGCGCCGAGCUUCGUACCCAAGAUGUGGUAAGAGUGCUGAUGAAUGAGCACGCCAAGCGUCAAGAAAAAAAAAGUACAGCAACGGCGACUACGGUGAAGGCUGAAGAUGCAAGUGUUGACGGUCAUCGGUUUCUACCAGUUUUGGUAACCGUGACCGGUCCAAUCCGAACCGCCUGUUCAGCUUAG